CUCAUUACGCUUACUGUUGUUUUAAAGACGUCACUGACGUUUUUCCUUGGUAAAGUGUAUUAAAAUAAUCCCGAUGGCGGCUACACGCGAAGCAAAGCAUUUGCAGCGCUUAAAAGCGCUGUACGCUGCUGGGAGAUUCGCUCCAAACGUUCUGGACCAGCAAGGACUGUGUCACAUUCACCAUGCGAUUUAUCGUGGUUAUCUAGUGUGUGCAAAAUGGCUCGUUAAACAUGGAAGCAGCCUGACAGCUAGGUCAGCUGAGGGCUCGGUACCAGCUCAUUACGCGGCCGCCGGUGGCCAUCUUGAAUGUCUCAAGUGGAUUCACCGAAAGGCUUCUAAAAGCAUCUCUUUAACGGAUAACAAUGGCGUUACACCACUUUAUUUCUCAGCCCAAGAGGGUCAUUUAAACUGCUUGGUAUGGCUCGCAAAGCACUCGGGGACAUUUUCCCGAGAGAUGUCUGUAGAUGGUAUGACCGCUGUCCAUGCAGCGGCUCUUGAGGGUCAUUUGGGCUGCCUGGUGUUUCUGCUAAGCUCCGCUGGCUGUAGUGCGCUGGGUCGGGACAGGGCUGCGAACACGCCUUUACAUUACGCGGCAGCUUGUGGCCGCCGUUCCUGCGUCGAGUGGCUCCUGGGUAACAUUAGCAGAUUAGGUAAUGAGACAAAUAAACUUGGCUCCAGUCCUUUACAUGUAGCUGCACAAAACGGUCAUCUAGAGGUGGUAAAACUCCUUAUUCGAGGGGGUGUGGCAAUCAAACUUCGCGACAGAUUGGGUAGAACCCCAUUCGAAGUUGCUGUAGAGAGUGGAAAUGAAGCUUGCGCAAACUUCCUAUGUCAGGCCGAGGGUAUGAAUGGCUUAAUGAGUGGGAACCACAGCCUCAAACGAGUUCGCUUUGAGAGAAAAGCGAUCGAACGAGACCGUCGCUCCGAACAAGCUUCGAUUCAUCAGCAAUCCAGUCAAGCUUCUUCCGAGCGCAAAUUAUUAGAAGAAGAAAAUACAAUACAAACUCAACAUUUAUUAUACAAGAAUAGCGUCGAUGCCAGUGUUUCUCUGAAUCAUCAUGGCAAUCUUAGAAUGGAAAGAGACAGAAGCAACACCCCUAAAAGGGUUGCCUAUACGGAUCAAAAGUACGCCGGUCGGCUUCCCCAAGGAUUUGACCCUUCUUUGGGAGACUUGCACGUUAAAGGUCACGCAACAAGAAGCAGCUUAUUGCCUUGGUCUCGUGUUUACCGAAUGACACAAUCGACGGAGUCGUUACCUAGUCCUCAUCAACCAAAGGUUUAUGCUUCUUAUUCACUCUCGGACACAAAUGGCCGGGAAGAUUCGUCUCCUGAGCGACAAUUUACAAGCUCGCAACAUUACGUGGUAACAAAUUAUAAAGAUGUUUCCCCAGAGAAACAAAACACAUCUUUCUUUUCCAGAAUCGUUUCAUGGAGAAAGAGCAAGGACCUAUUUCCAGAAGACUUUGAUCGUUUCGACGACAUCGUUGAAACUAGCACACAGAGGGGAAAUUUCAUUAAGCGACUCUACAAAUUCUCAAAGAGGAAAGUGACAAGGUCAUCAAGCUUUGCGCUCGAGAGUUUGUCAGAUAAUGUUCAAAGAGAAAGACGAAACAGCUUUGUGGUGUCAGGAAACGAUGAGUUUUUAUCUGGUUUUGUCACCGACCCAGUCGGAGAUCCAACUAGACAAGAAGGAAAAGGUGAAAAACUCGAUCAACAGACACAUAAGGUAGAAACUUCUGUGAAUUGUAUGUAUGGUAUUAAAGGCGACUCAUCGAAAAAUGAACUAAAGUCGAGAGGAGGAAAAAAGACUCGCAAACGCCAUACGGAAACUAUUCCACGGGAAAACUCCCUGAUUUGGUGAACGCGGAAUUUAUCGCGUUCGAGCUCAAUGCUGAAUAGGAUUUGACUGCGAGAACCAAUCCAUUCUCGUCGGUUCCAAGAUCAGUCAUUUUUUACGAGGGCUGAAUAAGAUAACUAAGUGUUUCUCUGUCUUUUCUGUAACAGAAGUAAGCGAAUGUAAAAUGGAAAAUAGCCAACUGCAUUACAUUAUCUAGGGCUUUGUAGGGUCAGAACUGUAAUAUUGCCCACGGGCACGACCAGCAAUAUCAUGACAUGCCUUAAUAAAGCAUCCGUCAUCGAAACAAAUAUAUUCAAAUUAAGGAGGAUGCCAUGAUUCAAAACUUUUGUUGUUCGUGACAUUUAUCCUGUUCUUACCCGCUAGCCUACCAACGUAAACAUCGUCCAGUCUAAAGAACGGCGAAAAAAAGAACUCUUAAAUAAAAGCAACACGGCGCUUGCAAAAAACUAAUGAAACGACCGACUUAGAUGAAAUCAACCAGCAAUGAAAAUUGACUAACGAAAGCAAUGUACAUACUGGCGAAAAUACAUUUAUAAGACUGGUACCGAGUAUUGUAGGGGUCGUUACCAAGCCUAGACGCGGUAGCCAAGCGUGAGUUCAG